GCGUUCGACUAAACAAGUAAACAGAGAGGCAGAGAGCAACCACAUUUCGGCCCGAUCGAUCCCAGCCUAGAUUCCCUAGCCCGGCCGGUGGGGAGCGAAUCCGGCAAAGCGACGGCUAGGGGAGCAGCGGUGGGGGAGCCAUGAAGCGCUGCUGCCUGCGGCUACAUAAGCCGCGCGCCUCCGUUUCGUUCUGUCGGGGACGAGGAGGAGGAGGAGGAGUAUGGCGCGGCAGCGGGGGAGCGUGGUGCUGCGGCGGAUCGAGGAUCGGAGGCGGCGGGGGAUCUGCUUUAGGAAGCGGCGGGCGGGGCUGGUUAAGAAGGCGGAGGAGCUCGCCGUGCUCUGCGACGCCGACGUCGGCCUCCUCGUCAUCAACCCCUUCGACGGCACCUUCCAACGCUUCGCCGCGCCCGCGACUAUGGAGAAUAUCAUCAAACGUUAUCAGAAUUUCCCAGAAGCACAAAAAAGAGCACAUGGAAGGAGCCUUCUCAAAGAGAGAAGAAGCAAGGAUUUUCAAGUUCCCAUAGUGACAACAGAUAGAAGGCCAAACAUUCAUGACAUCAGGUCAAUUGAUGAAUCAAGCAUAUCCCAGUUGACCAUCGAACAGCUUAGCCAAAUUGAAAGAAAAUUGGAGUAUGCACUAAGGAGGGCAAAGACCAGGAAGUUGGAAGCGUAUAGGAUCGCCACACUACAGGAGAAGGGGAAAGCAACGCUCGAGGAGAGGGAUAUGAUGGAGAUGGUCUCGAGGAAGGAGCAGAAGCAGGAGGGAGGAAGGUAUGUAACUAGAAGCCAGCAAAGCAGCAGGGAGGUGGAUUUGACGCUCAGCCUCGGCAUCGGCAUUGGCUGCAACGUUGGUUGCUCGCGCAGGCACCAAACGCCAAUUGACCUCAACAUGCCGUGACACAGACAUUUUCGGCUGGCUCAUGAGUUUCAUAGUUGCAGUGACGUUGCAUGUGAAGCACCAACAGAUUCUCCAGAAUUUGCCGCGAACAUUUUGAGUUGGCUUAAGUCAAAUCCGAAGCUAUCAUAAUUUCUGCACAGGUGCACAGCUUUUCACCCCAUUGCGUCUAGGGCUCGAUUAAGAGUUUGGUGUUCUUCUUGGGUUCGGUUGUACUAGCACAAGCUUACUGCACAAAAAGUGUGCAUUUGUGCUUAUCUCCACCAAAUUCAAGUUAUCUUCCAUGACUACCAUGAUAUGUAUCUUCACUGAAACGAAUCCAUGAUUUGUGUUCAACUAAUGCAGUAAGGUACCCUUGGUUAUAGUGCACAACUCUGGUAAACUCAA